AUGACUCUCAAAGCCCAAACUGAAUCCGCGCCACCUCCCAUUUGUGUAAGCCGGUAUUCCCUUCAUGAUCUUCUGUACGCCUGUUCCAUUUCCGAUGGCGUGAUCAACCUCAUCAAGAAAACAUCCCUAGACGGACAGCAUCAAACCAAUACUCUAAACAACAAGCUUGACUCCGCGUGUGUAAUUGAUCUUCAACCGAAAGUAGCUUCUCUAAAAGCUUCGGAAAAUGAAAAAGUACCUAGUGCACAAAUUCUUCGUGAUGUUUACCACAAUGGAAGUAUUGAAUCGGCUGCAAAAAAUAUUUUGCUGAUUGAACAACGACUUCUUGAUAAUCGUGCUCUCAACGAAGAAUGGCGACAAAUUUUGGCGGAAACAAUUAUGUCGUCUCCAUCUGUUAUUUUGCGGGCGGCCGUCAAUUUACCCGCCACCAACACAGAACACGUUGAUGGAUCACGUCUGUACUCUCAAAUCUUCUGUGGCCUUCUGAAAAUUUGGAGUUUUGUUUUCGAUAAAAGAUUAAUUUUGAAGAACACACCGCAAUCCUACCUCUACCUCUGUGGAUUUGUUGGUCCGCGUUUCCAGGAUAUGGAAUUGCAGGAUUUGAGCAAAGCCAUCAUCUUGGAAACUCAAUUACUGACAAAUUAUCUGCAUAUUUUCCGUUCCGCCGUUCUUGCCUCCCCGCACUGGUACUUCCAAAUGCUCAUCGAUGUGGUUAACGCAAUCUUCGACAGAUUCCAAACGGGUUUGUGCAACCACCUUUUGCUGUCCAUCAGUGUUUCUCUGUAUUUAUUAAGUGCCUAUCUUUCUUGCUGCCACCGUCACCCCCACCGCCAGCCACCACUCAAUUAUUAG